AUGACCGGCAACACUCCAGGUCGGCGCACCAACUUGACAGACCUGCCGCCGGAGCUGCUAGAGCAUAUCACCAACUACCUGCCCACCGCCUCUGCUAUCGCUGGCCUAGGCAGAACCAGCAAGACAUUGCACGCAUGGGUUGAGAAGGAUGCUUGGAAGGCAUUCUCAAGGAAUGCCUUUCCUUCGCUAUGUCCUCAGAUUACCGCCCCAUCAUACCGAGAGACGGCACGCACGUUGACGACUGUAUCCAAAGCAUGGGACAAACGAGCCUUCAUUGCACGUUACGUUGAGCCUCAUGGUUCCAUCACAUCACACCCCAGUGGGAAACAGCUUAACCAAUGGAAACCCCCGAGAGGACAGACAUUAGGCUUCACACCUCAACUCGAUGUCUUCGAAGAAAUUGGCCCAACAUGGAGAGACAGGGAAGAGACCCUUGCUUUCAGUGCCGGCGCCGAAGUAUGCAUUCGCGAGACGGCAAGAGGCGCCGAAGACAAUGUGAGCUGGAAGACUUACCGUCCGCACUCUGCAUAUGAGGGAAGAGAUGAUGUGACGACACUUCAUCUCCUACGGCCCGAGGAAGGAAGAACUGAUGCGAGCAUCAACUUCAUCUCUGGAACCGCCAAUGGCGAUCUACAAAUGAUCGGCCUGCCAGACACCGUGUCCCCAAACCAGGAUGUUGCCAUCACCUACUUCGCCACUCAAGGCUUGAAGGUCAGAUCAAGCAGCAUAUAUCGCUCUCCGGGACAGCCAACAUUGCUUGCAGCCAACCUGGACGACACCAAGGUCGCGCUUUAUACUGUAGACUCAAAUCAGUCUAAGAUUGCACCUGCGAGCCAAAUUGAGGUCCAUCCACCGCUUCGAGCUGAUGGAAAUCCUGCUCCGAAUCAUAGAGCAUGGUCGACUGCUUUCUUGUCGCCGACUACGCUGGCAGUCGGUGCUGGACCUUCAGCAGCUCCGCUACAUAUCUACACAAUCACUGACUCGGGCUUGUCGCAGAGGCCUACGCGAAAGCUUGCCUUACACAAUCAUGAGGAUGGUGUCGACGCAACAAUCAGCAAUCAGUCGCCGAGAGCUCACUUGACCUCGAUAUACACGAUCAUGCCAAUGCCAACAUCGAUAGCCUCUCACGAUCAUGGCCAAGUCUUUCUAUCUGGAGCUUACGAUGGUGUCGUUCGACUGCACGAUCUGCGUUCGCAACGCGAUGUAGAGCAGGCAUACAUCGAUCCCGCCGACGAUGGUGCAGUCUACAGCAUACUUCCACGCGGUCGCGAGAAGCUUAUGGUUGGCACCAGUAGACACAAUCUGCUCAAGGUAUUUGAUGUGAGAAUGGGAGCAAAAUGCUACAGCCAUCAGGACAUCCACACCAAUCAAUCCCCCAACACGGGUGUCGAAGCCUGCGAUCCGGAAAGCGACUACAACAUCUUCCUGCGUAACAACAACGCCUCCUUCACCACUCGUGGCAGCAAUUGGUCGCAGGGUCGAAACAGGUCUGCCGACUCGAGUGUGUACUCACUCGCAUCACCUUCAGCACAUUCUCCCUAUGUCUAUGCCGGAGUUGAAAGUGCCGUCUACGGCAUAGCAUUCGCAGAAGCAUUGGACUCGCACCCAGAUCCCACCUUCUUCGAGCCGUGGUCCGCACAGGCCGAGCCUCACAAUCAAUCUCCGAAACACAUUCGACAACAAGACAAUGACUUCGUCAACAGCAAGUUCAAGGCUGAGCACAUUGGCAAUAAGAACGGCUCGCGCACCUUCGAAGCUAAGGAUGUCCUUGGCCUUGCUAUGUAUGACCAGGGCGCGAAUAUGAAACUUUGCGUGCAACGUAGUCUAUGGGAGACGUGGCGAGCUGGGUCGCCAAGGCGGAGAGACAGAUUCUUUCAAGGCAGGCUUGACGAGCGAUGGAAGGGGGCGGCCGAGUUUGGGCAAUAG